AUGAAGCGUUCUGGGGCUCGCAGACGCCCGCGGGAAGGGGAGGGGGCGAGGAGAGCCCCGCGCGCCCAAUCGCAAGCCCCGCCCUGUCCCCGCCCCUCUGCCUCGGCCCCGCCCCGGCGCCUCAGCCCCGUGCUGCGGCCCGCCGCCUCAGCCCGCCCCGCGACCUCAACCCCGCCCCGCCCCCACGCCUCGGCCCCGCCCCGCCCCACCUCCUGGGCCGGCACGCGACGCCCCCUCCCGGCCAGGUUCCCGCGCCCGAUUUGGUGUUUGGGGGGAGGCGGCGGGAGGGGUGGUGUGCGCGGCGGAAGGGGAAGGGGAACAGGCUCUCAGCCGUGCCGCCGCCGCCCGGUGAGGACCCGCGAGGCCUCGGCGUCCCGCCUCGGAACAAUGGGACUCGGCGCGCGAGGCUUCCUGACGUUGCUGGCCCUGGGGGUCGUGCUGGGGGUGGCGCUGCUGAAGGUCUUCACGGACAGCGCGGACCCCGAGGGAUCUCCAAGCCAGAAGAAUCCUAUGUCUGUAGAAAACUCCAAUGAUAACCAAGCAGGAAAUACAAACAAGAAUGAUCCUAAGUCUGCAGAAAACUCCAGUGAUAACCAAGGAGGAUCUUCAAGCCAGAAGAAUCCUCAGUCUGGAGGUAACUCCAAUGGUAACAACCAAGCAGGAUCUUCAAGCCAGAAUAAUCCUCCGUCUGGAGGUAACUCCAAUGGUAACAACCAAGCAGGAACCUCAAACCAGAAUAAUCUUCAGUCUGCAGGAAACUCCAAUGAUAACCAAGGAAGAUCUUCAAGCCAGAAUAAUUCUCAGUCUGGAGGUGACUCCAAUGGUAAGAACCAAGCAGGAUCUUCAAGCCAGAAGAAUCCUCAGUCUGGAGGAAACUCCGAUGGUAAGAACCACACAGGAUCUUCAAGCCAGAAUAAUUCUCAGUCUGGAGGAAACUCCGAUGGUAAGAACCACACAGGAUCUCAAAACCAGGAUAAUACUCAGUCUGAAGAAAAGCCCAAUGGUGACGAAAAAGACCCACAGGGACAUCACGACCAUAAAGGAAAAUCAUCAUCAGAAACUAAAGAUUCCUCAGCCUCAAAUAAUGGGACAGCCACCACCUCGAGACCCUUAACAUCUAAAAUGAUAACACCAGUGGUCUCAACAAAUAUGACUUCUGCCACCUUAAAGUCUACACCCAAAAUAACAAAUGUUUCACAAAAUACAUCCCAGGUAUCAGUAUCCACAGUGACCACAGCCCACAAUAGUUCUUCAUCAGUAACAGUCACAACAACUAUUAUUUCUAAGGAAAAUAAAGGAUCAAAAUUUGAUACUGGCAGCUUUGUUGGUGGUAUUGUAUUAACACUGGGAGUUUUAUCUUUUCUUUACAUUGGAUGCAAAGUGUAUUAUUCAAGACGAGGCAUUCGGUAUAGAACCAUCGAUGAACAUGAUGCCAUCAUUUAAGAGACUCCAAGAACCAGUGGAAAGAAGAGUGAUACAGCCUUAUCACCUAAUUUUGAUUUAUUACUUUAAUACAGUAUUCUCUUCUUGAAAAUAGCAUAAACAGGCCGUGCAUAUAAUAUACCGUGUAUUAUAUAAAUAUGUAAAGAUUCCUCAUGAUUAUUAAAGGAAAAAGGUUUUGGUUUGGGGGUUUUUAAUGAACAUAUGGAGCAUAUAGUUAGUGCAGUGGUAUUAUAUUCAGUUUUAGAAAAUACAUAGUAAGACAAACAAGUCUGGUCUUACUUUUCUGUGGCAUUGGUCACAUAGGCCAGUAAUUGGAAAGCAUCAUCACUGAAGGGUAUGAUGCCAUCUGGUCAUUCAAAUAAGGAGCUUGUCUCAGCACUAAGGAUUUUGAUGUCUUUGUUAGUCACACAAAGAAUCUCAGUGCUAAUAACAGCUGGAUAUAUCCUAAUUACCAUUGCCACAGAGCAGAAAUUAUAUGAAUAAGCCACAUCUUAAGCAUAAUUUUAGUUUAUUGUCUCUUCAGAAACCAUCAAUAUUUUAUAUAGUUAAAGUUAGUUAUUUUGUUUAGAACAAAAUACAUGCCCUCCCCCACCAAAAAAAAAAACGAAAAA